ACUGUUGGUGGGCGUUGGAAGCUCCAGAGCCAGGCAGGGUCGGGCUGGGCCAGGCUGGGCCAGAAAGGGCCUCGUCGUGGUUCCCGCCCUCCGGAGAGCGGCUGCGAGCACCGCCAGCUCUGGGCCCAUGGAAGGGAGCCAGGCCUAUCCCAGAGCAGUUCGGUUUCUCUGGGUUUCUGAGAAACAGGGUACUGAAGUUCACUGGAAUGAAUCGCCAAUCUAGAAGAUUCAUUGGGUUAAAAGAGGUGACUUUUCAGAGCUCAGAAGGGUUCAGUGAAAUUGGACAGGUCACUCAACUCCUUAAAGAAAAUGUGACUGGCAGGCCAAGCUCUGGUCCAGGGAAAGACUUCGAAGCACACCUUGAGUACAACAUUAAAGACCAACAUCAAGAUGGGAUAUCAGGGACUUGGACUAAUCAUCAUCCAGAACGGACCUUAUCUCCAGAUAACAAAUCUCUUGGAGAAAGGAGCUGCAGCCAAGAAUGGGAGACUAAAGCCAGGUGAUGUUCUGAUAAAAAUUGGCCACACAAAUGUCUUAGGAUACACACUCAGGGAACUUCUACAGUUUUUAUACAGCAUUCCCAUUGGAACGGUACUGCAAAUAAGGGUUUACAGAGAUUUCAUGGAUAUACCUCAGGAAUGGCAAAAUGUGGAUGAUUUAAUCCCCGAAAGCAAAUCCCGAUUUCAGGUGGCACAUACAUCAGGGAAGAAGGAAAAAGAAGAAACGUGCACAAGUAGUGAUGAUGAUGAUGAUGUCAUUUUAGAUGAGAGAUUUAAGUAUUUUAAAUCUCCACCAUCCACAGUUGACUGCGCAAUGACGUUAUCGUCCAUCUCCACGGCGUGGCACGCAUAUAGAAAAAGGAACCGUAGGUUCACUGUAGGAGAAGAUAUCGGUUGCGAUGUUAUGAUUCACAAGGAUUCUGAGGAGCUGGAUGCCGAUGGUGUAAAAAAAGAUAGAGCCCCUUCACCAUACUGGACAAUGGUCAAAGGUGAUGACAAGUCAUCUUCCUCCUCCACUACCUCAGAUGCGUUUUGGCUGGAAGACUGUGCCACUAUUGAAUAGCCACCCAACGUCACAUCUUGAAAUCUGGACUGCUGACAGAGUUGCAGAUGAGCAUUUACCUUCAGAACCAGUGAGAUCCUACAGCUCACAGCAGGGCAUCGCCAUCUCCUGAUUCCUUAUAAAGCUCUGUUAAGUAGAGUGCACUGACAGACACAAAGUGAAAGACGUAACCUACACCCGUCAAUGAGCUAAGGCUCUCCACGGACCCUAGCCUGCCUGCCACCCUCAUCAGAACAAAAGUAAGAACACUUCAAUAAACACCUUUCAGUGAAAAAUAACCCCCUUACUUGAAGGAACACCUUGGAGGCUCAAAGUACAAGGAAAAGUCAGAGCUCUGAUCUUCACCUUUUGAGGUAACUACAGUGACUUGGCUUAAUAAUGAAAUGUAUUUAUGAAUAAAGAACAGAAUGGGAAGUUUAUCCUUUAAACUACCAGUAAACAAUAAAACUACAAUUCUGAAACAUUUGCCAAUAUGUUAUCUCCAACUAGUUCUAUAACACCUCAAAUGAGCCUACAAAAUGGGUUUUAUUGUUAAGUGCAUUUUUACCUAUGAACAGAAUAAAAAAAGGAAAAG